AUGGCCCUGGUUCUGCUCAGUGGGCCCCGGCGCCAGGCACCCAUGGGUGCUGGUGCCACCAGCCAGGGUUCAGCCACCCACUGUGCUUCUCCCCACAGCUCAGGCCGGCUGCUGGCUCCCACGCCUACCCCGUCUGGUGACACGCCUGGGACCCCGACAGAUACCCAGAGACUUAGAGGCUCUGCCUCCCCCCGCCCCUGCCUGGGCCUGCAACCUGGUGCCACCCACACCCUCAGCCCCUGUGGGUGCCCAUCUGGUCCCCAGAGUCCCCACUGUCCUGCUCCGACUCUGCCUGGUGCCACAAGCUGUACCAUCCUCAGCUCCCGGGAUGUAGGGGCUCGGGGCCCACCAGCCCUGGGGUUCUGUGUGCAGCUGGCUUUGGGGGAGGCUCUCCACCUGCGCGUGGACUUUGGGGACACUACAGGCACAGAGAUAAGACUCCAAGAUACAACCGAGGCUGUGGCGGUGACUGCCUUCCACCAGUACAGGAAAGAGGGCGUCUACACACUCCGGGCGGCUGUUCGUGGGCACCAGGGACAUGAAGUAGAGCUCGGGCCGUACUACGUGGCCGCAGGUCACAGGGCUGUGUCUGUGCUCAUGAAUUCCAGCAGCAUCCACCGAGAUGAAGUCCUUGUCCUCGUGGGCUCCCACCCCAGGCAGAAGGGUACUGUGGUCCAGCACUGCGUCCCUGGGGUCGCUUCCUAUAACGUGUCCUUCCUCUCUGGGACUCAAGCGGGCUGCAGCCAGGCUUGGCCUAGCGUGACCGUUCGGUACCAGAUGCAGCCUGUCUCUGUCUACACAAAUGGAACCAUGUUUGCCACAGACACAGACAUCACCUUUGUGGCUGUUACCAAGGAAACUGCACCCCUGGAGUUCACAUGGCACUUUGGAGAUGGCGCCCCAGUGAGGACAACCUCCAGGAGCAUCCAGAGGCGGCUCAGCAUCCCCCAGUGGUACCGGGUCACAGUCACUGCUUCCGGUGAGGUGGGCAGCGUGGUCUCUGAGCCCCGAGUCCUCAAGGCCCAGCGGCGGAUCGAGGCCAAUCGGCUGGUGUCGGCAUCCACGGCGCUCGUAAACACCAGCGUGGCCUUCGAGUGCAGGAUCAACUUCGGCACGGACGUCGCCUUCCGGUGGGACUUUGGGGAUGGUGCUGUCAGCCUGGGGACCAGCUCCACCAGCCACAUCUACAGCAGGGAGGGUGAGUUCACGGUGCAGGUCCUGGCCUUCAAUGGUGUCAGCGCGGCCACUCUGAGGACACAGCUGUUCGUGGUGCGCGAGCCCUGCCAGCCGCCACCCGUGAGGAACAUGGGGCCCCAGAAGGUGCAGAUGUGGAGGACUCAGCCCCUGCGGCUGGGGGUGACGUUCGAAGCUGCUGUCCUCUGUGACAUCUCGAGAGGCCUCUCCUACGCCUGGAGCCUCGUGGAUGCCGAGGGGUCCCCCGUGGCCCUGCCUGCUGCUGUCAGCACCCACAGACAGAUCCUCGUGUUGCCGGGCUAUACACUGGUCAGCGGGGAUUACACGGCCAUCGCCAAGGUGCAGAUCCGGGGCAGCGCAGUGCAUAGCAACUACACGGUGGGCGUGGAGGUGUGGGCCCAGGCACCUGUUGCUGUCAUCUCAGAGGGCACCCACCUCUUUGUCCCCAGAGCUGCUGGGGUGCCUGUCACCCUCAGGGGGACCCUGUCCUACGACCCUGACCACCCAGGGGCCGCUCUCAGCUACCGCUGGACCUGCACUGCAGCCCGUUCGCCCGGGCAGCCUUGCUUUGACGGCAUAGGCCCACAUCCGCUGGACUCCAGGGCCCCCACCCUGACCUUCACAGCAGAGCAGCUCAACAGGUGCUGUGACCAGUUCCUUGUGACACUGACCGUGGCCAGCAGGGGCCGGAGCUCCUCUGAGGCCCAGGUGUUCCUGUCCACCCGCGAGGACCCGGCCUUCAGGUUCCUGCGCCUUGACCGGGGCAGUUUCAGGGACACAUCCAUUAACUGGAAUGAGGCAUUUUCCCUCCGAGCCGUGUGCGACUCCUGUGGUGAGAUGCCGGGGCUGACCUACUCCUGGGAGCUCUUCCUGGUCAACGCCACCGAGAAGAGCAGGGUCACAGGUUCUGAGCAGAGGCGCACUGCAGAGGGUCCGGCCUGGUGCCCUGGGGACGGCAACGGUGCUGUCUGCCCACCCCGUGUCCCAGCUGGUUCUCUCCUUGCUGUGGAUCCUGUUCCUCGCGUUUCUAACAGGCAAUUACACCGGUGCACCACACGGCUGCUGGGUUCCGCUGCUCUCAAGGCCACUCAGGAGUCGCCAGAGCCUGAACUGCUGGGUGCCCGGCCCAGCCAAGCCUCCCUACCGGACUCCCUGGCCGCAGCCCAGCACAGGGCGGUCCUCAGCAUCCCGGGGAGCGCGGCCGUGGGACCCACGGGGGACCGUGAUUGGAUCCCCGCUGCUGGUGAUGCUAUGGCCCUGGAGGAUGCUCUGGAGAGUGCCCCCUGGGGCCCACAGCCGGCCACGAAGAGCCCCUCUGUGCAGAGCCAGCCCCCGCCCGGCUCCUCUCCUCCUCUGGACGACUUUGAGGCCUUUUACAGCGACAUCCAAGAAGCAGAGGUAGCAGGAGGACGACGUCCAGGCAACAGCAGCCCCUUCCCGGGGUCAGGACCCAGCACAAAAAUGGAUACUGCCCAGGGCAGCCCUGGGGACGGGGACAGCCUGCUGGGCCCCUUCUUCUCAGUGGACAGAGCCCCACCAGUCCUCGACAUCGACUGGCCCAAGGCCCCAGUCAGCCAUGCAGUCUUCCAGAGCUACACCGCAGGGGGUGUCAGCGAGCCCACCAUGACCAUAAAGCCGUACUCCCUGAGCAGUGGGGAGACCUACGUCUUACAGGCAUCCCUGGCUGCAGGGCCCAGUGUGUGGGGCCGUGCCCAGCUGUAUGUACCCGUCCGCCCUGUGCCCCAGGGGGUGAACUGCCAGCUGCAGCCCCACCACGGUCUCGAGGCCCUCACUGUCUUCAGCAUCUUCUGCAUGUCUGGGGCGCCGGAUUUUCAUUAUGAAUUUAGUUACCGGGUAGGAAACGCCCCCAGACACACCUUAUACCGAGGGAGAGACACCCAGUACUAUUUUGCCCUUCCUGCUGGAGACCCCUUGGAUAAUUACAGAGUCAUGGUUACCACUGAGAUCACAGACGGCCAGGGCUCCAGGAUACAGCCGUGCUCCUUGGCGGUGACAGUGAUGCCCCAUUACCAUGGGAACAGCUGCCUCAAUGAGGACCUGUACAGCUCCAGCCUGAGGAACCUGUCCACCCUCCAGCUGAUGGGGAGUGACUCGGAGAGCAGGAACUAUGUCGCCAUGCUGACCAGCAUCCUGAGUCGCUUGGCUAAGGAGGACACAAGCACUUCCUGUGACUGGUGGUCACCGAUGCAGGACAUGCUGAUUUCUGCAGUGUGCCAAUCAGCUGUUGCAGAUCAGGAAGAAAUGAUUGACUCUGUGCUUACACUGAGGAACCUCAUAAGCCUUCCAAUCAAGCUCAGGCUUCCAACUGCAACGCGCAUCCUCAGAUUCACCCGGAUGCUCCUUCAAGACCCAGCCCAGCUCACAGGGAGAACUGUGGGUGACAGAGGCCUGGGGCUUGAGCUCAUCCUUCUCAUCUCCGGAGUCCUGGAGGCCUCCGAGCCCGGGAAAUCGAGGCAUCAGAACUAUAUGCGAGAAGAAGGCCUGAAGGUCAUCUCGGAGGUGCUGCUCGGUGUGCUGUCUCUGAGCCCCGGGCAGCAGCUGUCCCUGAGUGCUGGGCAAAUAGAGUUCCGGGUCCUUCGUCAUCAUGAUCCUCGAGGCUCCACGCAGAGCCUGGGCCCCAUCCUGGUGCACCUGCCUGGGGACCUGGCCGGGCUCAGUCCUGCCAGCAAGGAAACACAGAGUCCGUGCUACAUCAGCCAGCUCAUGCUCUUCAGGAAGAGCCCGUACCCCGGGGGCCCGGCCGCCAGCCAGGUGGGCAGCGUCGUGGACCUGACCCUCUACAGCUGCCUCAGCAGAAGCCCUAUCCCCAGGCGACGGCUGGAGACCCCCGUGACCGUGGAGUUUGCAGAUGAACAGGUGAGGGACCACAGCACCUGCGAAGGCCCCUUUGUGCUGCAUCAGGACCGGGUAAAUGUGCACCGGUUUGCAGGGCUGGCUCAGCACCCCCACGAGGUGCUGCAGAUACGCAUUGAGUUUGCCGAGCCUGAGACCAGAGCAUUUCCUGUGCUGCUGCUCCUCAGCUUCUCCAGGAGGCCCAGCCCCUCGGACUUCCUGGUGCAAAAGACCCACUCCUGGGAUGCUCGGAGCCUGCGAGUUUACGCCCCGGCCGCUGCUGGGCCAGGAGCCGAUGUGGGAUAUCUGUCCUUACUGGACGCUGACUAUGACAAAAGAGCCCUGAACAGGCAUUUCAUGGGCGCAGUGAACUACACCCUCCGCUUCCAGUGGCUCCGGUGCCUGUUUUGGGAUCAGAGAGACUGGCAGUCGGGGCGCUCCCCACCUCGGGCAGGGACCUUUCCCGACAGAGUGAACUGCAGCUAUGAUCGCUUUGCGCCCUUCUCCAUCCUUCGGAGGCCGCUGAACUCCAGCUUCGAAGUCAAUGACGUCUCCCAGGGGCAGGGUCACCCAGGAAACCUGCUUCCCGGCAUGUGUGUGGUGGUCCUCAUGGUCCUCUGUGGGCUCACAGUAGUGAAAAGCAGGCUUGCAGCUCUGCGCUCGGAAAGGAAAGCUGACUGCAUCUUCCUGCAGGCAGCCAUGCCGCCCGGACACCUGCCCUACGCGGUCGUCGUGGACACCAGCUUCUGGGCGCCAGUGCAGUUCACCUCCAGGGUUUUCAUUGUUUUAUGUGGCGAGAAUGGACUUUCAGAAACCAGAGAACUCUGCUGUCCAGAGAAAACCCUGUUCAAAAGGAAUUCCAGGCACACCUUUAUCCUGAGCGCCCCUGCCUACCUGGGCCCACUCCGGAGGGUCCGCCUCUGGCACGACAGCAGUGGGCCGGCCCCGAGCUGGCUCCUGGACAGCGUGAUAGUGAAGGAGCUGCACUCCGGCCAAGCCUGGCUCUUCCCCGCGCGGUGCUGGCUGGCAGCGGGUCGGGGGGAUGGCCGCGUGGAGCGGGAGCUGCCCUGCCUGCGCCAAGGCCUCGGCUUCAGGAAGCUCUUCUGCACCAGGUUCUCAGAGUCCCUGGAGAGCAGCCACACCUGGCUGUCGCUGUGCAGCCCGCCCAGCUCCCGAGGCCCCCCACGCAUGCAGCACCUGGCUGUGUGCUUCUGUCUGCUGUGCACCCACAUGGGCCUCACUGCCCUGGCCACUGCGGGAGGACACGGCCAGCUCCUACUGGACAUUGGCCCCACGGACCUCACCCUUGCAACGCUUGGCCUGGGGCUGCUGUGCGCCCUCACUGCCUCCUGCGUGGCUCAGCUCCUGUUGCUGCUCUUCAGAUAUGGCCAGGCAACCAUCAAGGACACAGAUGACCACCUGGGCACUGAACCCAGCCUAACCUUGUCCUUCCAGCAGCCUGCAGCAGCCAUGGACUCUGGGAGCAACACAGCCCUGGAGCAGGAGGCCGGCAGGGUGGGCAGCCAGAGCCGCCAUGGACCUCUGGGUUCCCAAGCCCCCAGCCACAGCCGUGAAGGACUCGUAGCCCUGGGGCACAGGGCUCGUCCACCGUGGCCAAGAGCAGCAGCCUGGACCAUCUGCGGCUUGGUGUCCCUGGCCAGCGGACUGGGGACAGGCUUUCUGGGCUACAGGUUCCUUCCAGUGCAGAAUAUGGGGUGGCUGCUGCUGUUGUCACUGUCCGUGGUCUUCUGUGCCUUUGUCACCCAGCCGCUCCUGAUCUGCUGUGCCGCACUGUGCUUCUCUUGGGCAAGGAGAGGAGACAGCCAGUGCUUUGCUGCGUCUGUACACGAAGCCACCAGGCACCUGGGCUCGGGGCAGGAAGAGUAUCUGGGACAGGGACCAGGACCUCGCAUCCUGGCUUCUCCAGGCCCCUGCGCUACAGACUGCACGGUGGGGCUCGAGGAGGUCCUGGCUGCCCGGCAACGAGAGCGACGCUUGCGCCGGGCACAGCCACCACACAGAGCCCAGCUGAGGGCCGUCAGGGAGAGGACGCGCAGAGAGUGGCAUGCGCACCUGGCCCUCAGGUGGACCGCAGAGAUCAAUGUGCAGAGCAGAGCGCCCGGAGACAGACACUCGCAACUGUGCGUGAGCGGCUUUCACGGCAAAGACAGCUGGACAAGAGAGACCGGUCUUCUUCAGAAGUGGUGGGAGAGGGGAAGACAGGGAGUCCCUGCAAAAAGAACAAGGAGGGGAAGCAGCCGCAGUGCUCCUCGCGCCUGGUACCAAGCCCCGCUCGGGGAUGGGAAAGCCUGGCUCCCUCAGGACCGUCCCGCUGCAUCCUGGGGGAUGCCAAGGCUGCCAUCUCUUCCCAGGGACAUCGCUGUGCACGUCCUGUCGCUGCUGCUGCUCUUGUGGCUGACUUAUGUGACCUUCUCCGAGGACGCACAUUCCCUCAGCCGGGCUCUCCGGAAGGAACUGCAGAGGAUCAGGUUCUCGCCAGGUGCCGGGGAUGGGGGCAGCCGGAGGCCGAGCUCGCUGCGGGACGGGCUGCACGCAGGAGGCCCCUCUGUGGCCAGGGCAGCCGGGGCUCAGCCAGGAGCUCUAGAAGGACAGUACUACCUGCUAGGUGCUUUGGUGACUACGCAACUGACCAGCACCCCGGGAAGUUUACACGAGGUGACGUCCUCUGACUUGUGGUUUGUUCCCCAGCCUCUCUGGCCAUCUCCCACACUCCCGGAAGACUCCCGUCCUCCAUGGAGCCCCAAAGCUAAAGGCUUUGAGGACCGGAAUGUGACGCACAGUGGCCCCCGAAGCUGCAGGGUGAGGAAGGAAGCCAACCGGCCUGGCCUGGGUCAAAUCAAGUCUGUGAGGCUCGAGGCCUACAUGGUGCUGACCGCUCUGAGGGCCAGCGGCUGGCUGGACAGCAGCACCAGGGCCGAGACUGUGCACCUCGCCCUCUACCAUCCCGCCACCCAGCUCUUCACCAGCAUAACCCUGAGCGCAAACACCCCACCCGUUGGGCGGCCGGUGCCCUCAGCCUGGGUGGAGUCCUUCAGGGUCUUCCGAGGCGGCUCCACCACCUGGUACCACCGCACAAUCCCUGAGGUGAGUGUGAUGCGGGGACUCGGGGCUCCCCCUGGGCACUCCCAUGUGGGAGUCUGCUGGCCACUCCACCACUGUGGAUGUCACCUCCCGUCACCCCCUGGCUCUGUACCAGGUGUCCCCUGGGAGAAGCCGCAGGACUCUCCGAAUGGUUUGUCUGAAAUUCUGUUUCUGCCGCCCACCCGUGUCCACCAGCUGGCCUUCCUGGUCCUCAGCUUGGCUCACCUCAGUCUGCAGCUCUACGAGAUGGCUGAGGGGGGCGCCCUCUGCUACUGGCGAAAACCACGAAACUGGCUGGAGCUGCCCACAGUGAGCAUGGCCCUCGCCUACUAUGUGGCCACCGGGAUCCUCGCUGGUCUUGCUGCAGAUCUCGCUGACCAGAUCCGCCAGGGACCGUGCCGGGCAGCUCUGGACCUGCGCCCCAUGGCACUGUGGAACUGGAGGGCUCGGUGCCUCCAGGGACUGCUCUUGUUCCUCUGGAUGCUGAAAUGCAUUUCUCUCCCUGGUCUCCUGGACGUGGCGAUGUCCUGCUGUCCCCGGGUGUGGGUGCGAGACUCAGCCUCCAGCACCUCCACAGCCGUGCUGGUGGGGGUCCUGGUGCUGGCCGCGCAUGCCCACUUGCACCACCUUCUCAGUGCAGCCUGGGCGCUGCCACCCAGCACCUUUGCACGCUUGGACACCAGGCUGCUGCUGCCGUUGGGGUUUCCCAGGAGAAGCCAGGAAGACUCAGUCCCGGCCCUGUCCACCUCCCAUUGGCCAGCCGUGGCCUGGUAUCUGGGGGCCCUCGCCAUAGUGAUGGCCACGCUGUGCCUGGGAACGCUGAGAGUUUCCCUCCUGACUUGUUUCCAAAAGAGAAAACCUUUUCACUGCAAAUCACCGGUGAGACUUGAAGAGGUCGCCGCAUUGGUCUGGUGGAAGACGCUCGCCCUCCUGGGGCUGGAAGAGCCGGCAAGGGCAGAGGCUGGGGUGGCCCUGGAGCAGGUAAGCCACCACGGAGUCCUGGGAGGAUGCUGUCCCUGCAGGGUUGUGCUUCCUACGAUCGCAGGGGUGUUGCGAUUCUGUGCUAGGCACCAUGGCAGCAGCCAGGGUCAGUUCUCAUCCAGGGUGAGUAACCACUACCUGGACGAGUUCUCCGGGCUGCUAGAUGAACUUCUGCUGAAGAUAAAUGCUUUGUCUGACGGCCUGGAAGCCCCUGUUGCAGAGGAGCCCAGGGCCGCGGGGCCCAGGGCAGAAGUUCCCCCCACAAUGCCCAUCUCUGGUUACCCAUCUGGCAGGGUAAGACUGAGCACAGUGACUUGUGUCUGUUGCUUCCUUAGAAAUUUUCUUAGUUCUCUGAAGUUGGCUUGAAGUAGUUGCUGCUCCGGAAACGUGAGCCUAUUUGCAGGAGCAUCCUGCACAGGGCCAAGGACUGUGUGGGGCGCUGGGACCCUUCAUGGGUAAAAGACGUCCUGCUUCGCCCCACUACCUCGGCAGUUGCCUGUGCUGUCACUUACAAUUACAGCUGGAAUCCAGAGAGAGACCGGGAGCAGAGAUGCACAUGCCAUGAUCCAGAAACAUAAGUUAUCUGUGGCCUGGAUAGCGAUCAGUAA